CUGCUCCGGCGCGAAGCGGGAACAGAACUUCGAGUCACCAAGAUCACCACGAUGCCCGCAACGGAGUCUUCGGGUCAGACCUACACUUCUUAUAAACCCAGACCUUUGUAUCAACGUCGGGAACCAUUCUGUCCUCAUUUCUGAUCACAACAUCAAAGCUGCCAAUCAUGGCACCUUUCAAAGAGGGCUGUCAGAUUCGCCUCGGCGAGGCGGCUCAAGCUGGAUUCAAGGCGUGCUUGACCGACGACAUCAGAACCGCACUUCUCACCAAGCUUGGCAAGUCUGCGAGUGCAGGCGACACGGCACCAGCAAUCUGCAACUCGAGAUUCGAAACACUGUUGGACUUGACCAAAUUUGGUAGCUAUUCCAAGUCUGCCGCCAUCAACCGCGUUGUGUUGAGGAAUACCCUGGUGGAAUCUGUGAAGGCGGCUGGACGUGUCACGUUCCAGAAAAAGCUGGACAGGUACCGCAUGAUCUUUGACGGGGGAAACGAACGUGUUCAACUGCUUUUUACCGACGGCUCUACCGAUACUUGCGACAUCCUUGUCGGUGCCGAUGGCAGUAGGUCAACGAUAAACCAACAAGUUGGCGUGAGAAACAUUGUCGACAUCCACAGUCAUAUGAUGUUUCUUAAUAAGGGAGACUUGACCCAGCAGGUCAUCAAGAAUCUGUCUGCCCGCCUGCAGAGCGGACCAGUUAUUGCUAUCACGAAAGACAUGCUCUUCUACUUUGCCCUGUACCUUCCACCUCUACGAGGGCAAAGCUCCCAAGAGAACGGUGGAGCCCAGUACGACUUGGACCAAGGGUCGUUUUAUUAUUAUUAUUCCUACACCGCUGUGCCCUUGGGCGUGCCGGACCUUCAACAACUUACUAUACAGGAAAACCGCGCCCUC